AUGUCAACUUAUCAGCUAAGAGCUACGUUAAGAGGCCACAGGCAAGAUGUUAAAGAUGUGGUGGCAAUUGAUGAUACCAAGAUCGCCAGUGUUUCAAGAGAUGGUACAGUGAGAUUAUGGACGAAUGAUCCAAAUGAUCCUACGAACUGGAGUGAUACUAUCUUGGCAACCAAUGAAAAAUAUUUGAACGCUUUAACUUACGAUGAAGAACGUGGUAUUAUUUUUUAUUCCGGUCAAGAUUCAAUAGUCAACGGAGUUUUACUAUCAUCGAAUCUGGAAGAAGAUCCUAUUUUUACAUUAGUUGGUCAUGAAUCAAAUGUAUGUAGUCUAGAAAUGUCUAAUGAAACUUUAGUUAGUGGGAGUUGGGAUAAAACUGCUAAGGUUUGGCAAAAUGGGUCAUUAAAAUAUGACUUAAAGGGCCACGAAGCAUCCGUCUGGUGUGCGAAAUCCUUUCCAGGUGUGGAAAAUAAAUAUGUUUCAGUUUCAGCCGACCAAACGAUUAAAAUUUGGGAAAAUAAUGUGGCUAUAAAGACCCUUGGUGGGAUUCAUACUGAUGUCAUCCGUCGUGUUGAAAUUUCCAAAUCAAAUCCAAACGAAAUCAUUACUUGCUCUAAUGAUUCUACUAUCAAGUUAUCCAAUAUUGAAAGCGGCGAGAUAAUCAGAAAUUGGUGCGGCCAUGAAAGUUUUGUCUACAGUGUGAAACAAUUCAAUUUAUCCAAUGAUCUUGUAUCGUGUGGUGAAGAUAGAUCAGUAAUUAUAUGGGAUUCCAAUAAUUCAGGGCCUAAACAAGUAAUUAAACUGCCAGCUGUGUCCAUAUGGUCCAUUGACAUUUUACCUAAUGAUGAUAUUAUCAUUGGAAGUAGUGAUCAGUUGAUAAGAAUUUUUACUAAAAAUGAAACAAGAAUGGCCUCUCCUGAAGCAAUGAAAGAACUGGCUGAAGAAGUUUCCAAAAUUUCUAUCAAUGCCCAAACAAUGGGAUUUGAUGAAUCAAAAGUAUCUCCCUACGAAGUGUUAAAUGCACCUGGUAAAAAAGAGGGCCAAGUUGUAGUUGUUAGAGCUCCAACUGGUGCUCUGGAGGCACAUUUAUACUCCAGUAACCAUUGGUCCAAAGUUGGCGAUGUUGUAGGUUCUGGGGGAGCAACUGGUAACGAUCAAAAAACAGAGUAUGAAGGGAAGUUAUAUGAUUAUGUCUUUGAUGUAGAUAUUCAAGAGGGGGUCCCACCAUUGAAAUUACCCAUUAAUGUGUCAGAUAAUCCAUAUACUGUUGCGGAUCACUUUAUAGCAAAAUAUGAGUUAUCUCCGAGCUACAAAAAUGAUAUUGUCAAUUUUAUAUUAAAGAAUACCAACGGGAUGUCAUUUGAUGAAGUACCAACCGAGUUAAAUAAAAAUACAGAAACUGAUAAAAAGUGGAAGAUUCUCCCCAUAAAAACAUAUUUAUCUUUACGGAAUUAUAAUGCAGAUUCAAUUUUUAAUGGUAUUGUAAAAUUUAAUUCCAAAGAGAAGACAUUUGAUGAUGAACAGAUUGCAACGAUUGGAGCUGAUUUACAAGAUGCAGAUGAAAAUUGGGAAGCCCUAUAUUCCUAUGCUGUUAUUAUUAGGUCUAAAUGGGAAAAUAAGACACCUGCUUACGAUAUAUUACGUUUGAUUGUCCAAAAGUUACCAGCAGCAGUAAACCUUGCUGAAUUUGUAGAGGAAGGAUUAGGUAACAAAAGUAUUUCCAUUGUUAUGUUGACUGUCCGUAUGUUGGCAAAUUGUUUUGAAAACCAGAUAUGGGGACUCGAGUUAAUGUCCUCAAAUAAAGUUUAUGAAUCCAUUUUCGAAACAAUAGAUGUUAAUUUUGAAAACGCAACUAAGAAACAGGCACAAAAUUUGGCAUUAGCGGUCUCUACAUUAAUAUUAAAUUACAGUGUCCGUGUUGUGCAAAGCGGUACUGAGAAAUUAGAUAUUGGACCCGUAGUUAUUGAGGCAAUGAAUACGAAAUAUGCACCUUUGGAAGAAUAUCAAGAGAAUGAGGAGGCAGCUUAUAGACUUGUUGUAGCUUAUGGUAAUUUCGCAACUGUGGAGCCGACUUUAAGGCACUUCGCUAAAUCAAUUUCUUGGUUACUGAACGUUAAGAAAAUGUACGGGAUAAUUCCAAGGUUCAAAGACAUUUUUGAUGAUUUGGAUUAG